UUACCAACGCUGCAGCGGCGACGGCUAAUCCGGCGAGGCGGAAUCGGGUGAAAACGAUUUUUUAAAAAUGUUGAAAGAGUUGGUGAAGGAGCGACUAAUGGCGGCGGCCGAUGAAAUAUUUGAGCUGUUUGAAAGAACGGUAGCGUCGUACGAGGAGGAACUUUCUCGAACAAGAGAGGAGAGAGAGCGACUACGACAACAACUGGAAGCUGUUGGCCGGACUCAAACGGUGCUACACAUUGAAGACGUCCAGCAGCCCCCCCACGUUAAAGAGGAAGAGGAGGAACUCAGGACCACUCAGGAGGGAGAGCGUCUCCUCGGGUCGCAGGAGGCGGAUCUCAUCAAGUUGCCACUGACUGUCGUGUCUGUGAAGACUGAAGACGACGAAGACCAACCGCCCGCAGUCAACCUCUUAGCGCCGCUGUCAGAUAGCGGCGACACAGCAUCACACUCUCCCGAGGAUGAAGACACCCGAGAAGCUUUGAACAGCGAUACAGACUGUGAAAGCGACAUGAGGACUCACACUGACCUGGAACACUCUGAAUGCUCUAAACAUGAGACGGGCAAGGAACGCUUUACCUGCUCAGUUUGCGCUAAAAGUUUUUCUUAUAAGAGCGCUUUGACACGUCACACGCAGACACACACGGGGGACAAACCUUUCAGAUGCUCAGUUUGCGAUAAACGAUUCUCUCGAAAGCAACACAUGGUGCGACACAUGAGAACACACACAGGGGAAAAACCUUUUAGCUGUUCCACAUGUGGUAAAAAAUUUUGUCGAAAGUCUAUUAUAAUAACGCACCUCAAAACUCACUUGGCCGAAAAACCUUUUAGCUGCUCACUUUGUGGCAAAACGUUUACCCAAAAGGCGCACAUGGUAUCGCACAAAAGAACGCACACAGGAGAAAAACCCUUUAGGUGCUCAGUGUGCGACAAAAGCUUCUCGCUUAAGAGCCAUUUGAACGAACACAUGCUGACUCACACGGGAGAGAAACCUUUUAGCUGUUCAGUCUGCGGCAAAAGUUUCUGUCAAAAGGUCAACAUGCUAUCACACAUGAGAACCCACACGGGGGAAAAACCUUUCGUUUGCUCAAUUUGUGGCGAAAGUUAUUCUUACAGGCGCGCUUUGAAUACUCACAUGCAGACACACACGUGAGAACACAUGUUGUGAGACUUCAGCGCAGCGAAAAUGUAAAAGUUUAAAUCCACUUUUCUUUGAUUGCACUGAGUAGGGUUGGGCAUCGAGGGGAUUAACAUUCCCAUUCUCCUGGGAUUGUUCAAAUGUUUUUAUUUCUAUUCCUAGUUUCGAUGCUCACUUCGCCCACCGGAAGAAAUAGCCGACUGACUUCCUCCAAGCGGUCAGAAUCGGAGAAGUCCAACAAUAAACGACGUCGGUCUCAUGCCAUUGUGAGCCAGGGUUUCAGGAUGCCCGCUGGUGGCUUGGAAGUUUGGUGUAAAUAAAGGACGGGAGCUACGGCUAGGCAAGUUUUAUUUGUUGCCACAGUAUCUCUGUUAGCAACAGUCAAGGAAACUUCUCAACACACAUAACACCACUUCCCGGCCUUCAAAAUAAGAGUGCUUUGCGCUAUAUCCUGUUUAAUUGUGUUAUUAAAAAAAUGUACACCAACAUUGAGGCAGCAAACAAAAUACUACUUUGAUAUUUAUACACUGGUUGAAAAUACCCCUGUAAGAAAGUCAUAGCAAAGUAGAUCAAAAAAAAGUUUAGAUCAUUGGAUAAUUAAUUGAAAAGUUGAGAUAUCUCAUCCAAAAAGAAUUCUGGUCAGCACCCUCAUUUGAACUAUGCAGACUUUUACGACCCUGCCUCUUAAAAGCAUCGGAAUCGAGAAUCCUUAGGAACCGGAAUCGUUCACAUUCAAACUAUGCCCAACCCGAGGAAUGAGACAGGACACACGCUUUUUUUUAUCCCAAGUUAAUGAGGAUGAAGGACUAUGAAGGCAAACCUCUGAAAACAAACACUACUGGACAUAACCAUAUGCUCUAAAAAUGUAAAAGUCAUAUGUAAAGGUUGGAAACUGCAUUAAAAAAAGACAUGUUUUGCCUGUUA